UUUUUAUAUAGUCACACCCUAAACAAUACCAAAUAAAUUCUAAUAAAUUACACAACAUAUAUACUAUACAGUAUAUAUUUUUUUUUUAAAUUUAAGGACCUUUCUUUUACACAAAUAAAACCCCUUUCAGUCAUGCCACCCAUUAUCCAGCUCUAUCGGCGCCGGGACUUUCCCUGCCGCAACCUCCAUCACCUCCAAGCCGGUGACUUCCAUGUAAACGAUGAAGAGGAGGAUCCCCGCCAGCGUGGCGUCCUACACACCACCAGCUGUCGGCGACAUCGCGACCGUCUUCGCUCCAGUCGUCACUCCCACCUCCUUCAAGGAUUCUCCACCUUUGCAGCUGUGCUGGUGGUGCUGCUCCUCCUGAUCUUUCUGGGCAUAGAGAUGGCCAGCGAUCCGAUGGAUGUUAAGGAAAGUUCCAGUCUGUGGAACACCGCCCUGCGAUGGGUGGGUCUCGAGGGGGAGAGCAUCUCCCAAGGAAAAGAAAAAGACAUUCCCGAGAGUGAUUCCUGCAGCCAACAAACUCUUGACUUGCCUCACAUUUUCCGUCUCAUGGGCAAGCAGGUUCUCAACCAGGAGCUGGCUCUGGGUCGCAUGGAAAGAGCUCUCACAGGCAAUGGGCGUUUUCACUCGGUGGUUUUAAUGGGACCUCCAGGCGUGGGGAAAACCCUGACGGUUAAUGCUCUCAAACAGAAUUUUCCCUGGCCCGCCAAUGCCCACUCGUACUCCUGGAACACUGUCGUCUCCGACGAGGUGAUGAAGUUCCGUCUGGUCAGGCAGUUUGCCGAUGGGCUGUCCAACUGCGGCUCGAAUCUGCUGAUCAUAGACAACCUGGCCACCUGUGACCAUGGCCUGGUGCCCAUCUACAACCGUUUGAUCCGUGAGCGUGAGGGCGAGCUGGAUCGCAAUCAAAGGGUCCUGGUUAUCUACGUUUUCACUCUGGAAGCGGAUAUGUACUGGGAGCAGUUUGAGCUGCUGCAGCAACUGGCCAGGGAUACGACCAUUGUGAAUUUUCGGUUCUUUGGCAGGGAUGAUCUCAGGGAUUGCCUGGCCAAUGAGCUUCGAGUGGAGCAGCGGCAACUCAGCAAGGAGAAGGAGUCGGUGAUCCUGGAGAAGGCCAUAGAGAAUACCGAGGUAAUGGGUUGCAAGGGCUUGCGACUUCAGAUCCUGCAACAUGGAGAACAUAUCCAGAAACCUGUCGUCAUAAGAUAACUUUAGGUAACCUAAAUUAACGAAUAACUUUUAUUGAAAUUGAGAGAAAAAAGUCUGUAAAAAUUAAAAGUAUUUUAAACAGGA